AGACGGGGACAAUUGGUCCUUUAGUCUGAUUGGGUCCCCAGAUAGUCAACACCGAGGGGGAUGUGAGUGUGCAAGCCAGCGGUGACAGAGCUGAAGCAGCCGAGAGACGAGAAGCAGAUAUAUAUAAAUAUAUUCAUGCAGAGAUGGAGAGAGGGGAAACUUUACAAAGAGGACAGUGAAAGAGAGAGAAAGAGAGAGAGAGUGUGGACUCAAGGUGACUUUUAGGGAAAGCGAUGCUCUGCAGGCAGCAGCUCUCACAACUUUUACAAGGGGAAAUUUAGCGAGCGUGCCGGGAGAAGAGGAACAAAGAGAUAAGAGAGCAUUUUUUUAUUUUUUUUUUGCACAGAAGAAGAAGAAGAAGAAGAAGAGGAGAGUACAGUUGAAACGGGGGAAGCCGCCAGAAACACAACUGCACUCGUGAAGAAAGAGGGACUUGUCCUUUUACAAAUACAACCCCGGGUUUAACAAUGGGAGACCGACUGCCUCUUCCAGCGCUCGCCGGCACCUUGCUCCUCGUGGUCCUCGGCCUUUUGACCCUUCUGCCUCACAGCAUUCUGGGUAAACCGGCGGAGGAGGAGGAGGAGGCGGCGAACGCAGGUAGCUCGGCGCUGCUGCAGAGAGUGAAGCGAGGCUGGGUGUGGAACCAGUUCUUUGUCCUGGAGGAGUACACCGGACUGGAACCACUUUAUAUCGGAAAGCUCCACUCAGACAUGGACAAAGGCGACGGCUCCAUUAAGUACAUCCUGACCGGCGAGGGCGCCGGCACCACCUUCACCAUCGACGACAGCACGGGCGACAUCCACGCCAUCCAGAGGCUGGACCGGGAGGUGAAGGCCCAGUACGCCCUCCGCGCCCAGGCCCGCAACCGCCUGACCGACCGGCCUCUGGAGCCCGAGUCCGAGUUCAUCGUAAAGAUCCAGGACAUCAACGACAACGAGCCGAAGUUUCUGGACGGACCGUACCAGGCGUCUGUGCCCGAAAUGUCCAAAAUAGGAACAUCUGUGAUCCAGCUGACCGCCACAGAUGCCGACGACCCGACGUAUGGCAACAGCGCUCGUGUGGUGUACAGCAUCCUGGAGGGCCAGCCUUACUUCUCCGUGGACGCCAAGACCGGCGUGGUCCGGGUGUCCCUUGCCGAUAUGGACCGGGAAACCAGAGAGAACUACUCGGUGGUCAUCCAGGCCAAGGACAUGGGCGGCCAGCUCGGGGGGCUCGCUGGUACCACCACGAUCAACAUCACGCUCAGCGACAUCAAUGACAACCCGCCCAUGUUCGACCAGAGGCUGUAUCAGAUGAGCGUCCCAGAGUCGGCGCCCGUGGGGUCGGUGGUGGGUCGGAUCUGGGCCAAGGACAGGGACAUCGGGGUCAACGCCGAGAUGAGGUACAGCAUCAUCGAUGGAGACGGAAGGGACACGUUCGACAUCAGCACCGACCCCACCAACCUUUUUGGCAUCAUCACAGUUAAAAAGCCGCUGGACUUUGAGAAGAAGCCCAGUUACACUCUGAAGGUGGAGGGCGCCAACAUCAACGUGGACCCGUCCUUGCGUUACCGCGGGCCCUUCAAGGACGUCACCAUCGUGCACGUGAGCGUGGAGGACGUGGACGAGCCCCCGGUGUUCGACUCGCCGGUGUACUACAUCGAGCUGCCAGAGGACGCCGAGAUCGGGACGAUGCUGAAGACGGUGUCGGCGAGGGAUCCUGACGCUGCCAACAACACUGUGAGGUAUUCCAUCGAGCGGUCCAGUGACCCGGACAAGUUCUUCUACAUCGAAAUCACGUCCGGGUCGCUGAUGACGGUGCGUUCGCUGGACCGAGAGGAGAUCGGCUGGCACAACAUCACCGUCCUCGCCAUGGAGAUGAAUAACCCCUCGCAGAUCGCCAGCGUGUUGGUGGCGGUAAAGGUCCUGGAUGUUAACGAUAAUCCUCCCUCGCUGACGCACUACCUGGAGGCUUAUGUGUGUGAAACCGCCAAAGCAGGGCAGCUGAUCCAGACGGUGACGGCGGUGGAUCCAGACGAGCCCCUCGGUGGACAACACUUCUACUACAGCUUGGCUCCAGAGGCCGCCAACAACCCCAACUUCACCCUGAAAGACAACCAAGACAACACAGCGUGGAUCCUGACCCGUCGCGGCGGCUGGUCGCAGCAGGACCAGACCGUCUUCUACCUCCCCAUCUUCAUCUCUGACGGCGAGCAGCCGGUCCAGACCAGCACCAGCACGCUGACCAUCCGCGUGUGCAGCUGCGACCAGAAGGGAAACGUCAUGUCGUGCAACGCCGAGGCGUACAGCCUGCCCGCGAGCCUCAGCAGAGGAGCGCUCAUCGCCAUCCUGGCCUGCAUCUUCGUCCUGCUGGUGAUGAUUCUCCUCAUGCUCUCCCUGCGCACCCACCGCAAGAAGCCCUACCUGUGCGACGAGGAGGAGAACGUCCACGAGAACAUCGUGCGCUACGACGACGAAGGCGGUGGCGAGGAGGACACCGAGGCCUUCGACAUCGCCGCCAUGUGGAACCCGCGCGAGGCGCACAACCACCACCUUAACAAGUUGAGGCAGGACAUGCUGCCUGAGAUCGAGAGCCUGUCGCGUUACGUCCCUCAGGUGUGCGUCAUGGGCGGCGGCGGCGGCGGGGACAGUAACGUUCACGGAUACGUGCUGGCGAAGCUCCUGGAGGCCGACAUGGACCCGUGCGCUCCGCCUUACGACUCCCUGCAGACCUACGCCUACGAGGGGGAGGGAUCGAUCGCGGAGUCGCUCAGCUCGCUCCAGUCGGGGACGUCGAACACGGACCACGAGUACGACUAUCUCAACGACUGGGGGCCUCGCUUUAAAAAACUGGCCGAGAUGUACGGCGUGCUGGAGACAAACAGUCCUCCGCUGUGGUAGGACGCCAGGAUGCCUUUUUUUAAAUCACACCGACAAAAAAGAUAUUUAAAAAAAAAAAUACAUCAGAGACACAAAAAGACAAAAAAAUAAUUGUGCAAGGAAGACACAAUGAAGCCGGGAUGUGCUCGCGCUCACAUCAAUGACUGUUAGCACUUGAAUUCCUGCCGAAGCCUCAAUGCUCAGCGGCCAUGAGGGCCUGAGACGCCCACAGCAGCAGCGUGAACUGGUUUUAAAACCUCCCCCCCCCAAGAGACGGGCCUGGAUUGGCAGCCUGGCUCGGCCCACAAAGAAACGGCUUCAAAGCACAUGUUAACUCCCCCCUCCGCCUGGCCCGGCUCGGCCACAGGCAAGAACCGCUUUGGUUCAAAGUGUUGAGCGAUUCAUGCCAGAGAUGAAACCGCGAGAGACGGACUUACCUUCCUCGCGGGCUACGCCGGAGACGAACUCUGAAAUCCACCGCUCUGCUUUUUAUAUAUUCACGAGCCGCGACGCUGGAGGACAAAAGUGAAGAGUCACUGCUGCAAAUCUGAGAUGUUUCAUGUUUGUUUAUUUUUCAUCCGUGGCAGGUCUUAAUUUAUUUCUUCGUUUCAUGUGCUGUAUUUAUAUUUUUUGCUAACUUAUUUGGGUACUUUUCGAAACUUAAAAAACUGCCGCCGUGUGAGGAAAAGUCUUUAAAAAGAUCGCGUUAUAUGUUGUAACAUACACGACGUAACUGCCCCUUGUUUUCAGUCCGUGUGAUGAAAUGUUCUCCAUGAAUCUCUAAAAAAAAAAAAAAAAAAAAACUUGUUCACAUCUGGUGUUUAAGAGGCUUCUGUGUUACCUGGAUUAAACCCUGUAUUAUUAGCGGGAUCCCAUUAUCAGACAGGUAGUCAGCACCAGACUCCCUUAAGAAAUCACAGCAUUUUGUGAGUUGUUGAGUCGGGGGAAGCUUUUUAAACUUUGUAAAAUGACUUCUAUGACAAAUUAUUUAUUAUUUGACUUUCCUUGUAAAUUCGGCAUAAUAACAUGUUGAGUUAUGUCUUUUUUCAUGUUAAAAUACUGUCAGGUUGUCCUGGUUUGUUGCCAGACUGCUGUGUAGCUUCUCAGAUGGUUGGCACUCACUUUUAUUUGUUUUUGAAAAGCAACUUGUUGACACUUUAACGAUGCAGAAUAUGAAUAUAAAUUUGAACAACCAGUAAACGCCCUAACGUUAGCUAGCUAGUUUUGCAACAUUAAUGUUAAAUAGCAUUAACGUUAACUAGUGUUUGAGAAUCUUAUGUUACAUUAUGUUAUUCUACAUUGCGUUAAUUUUCAUUAUGUUACUUGUUGCAUUACUUUCCAUUAUGAUACUUUACUUUCCGUUACUGUGCGUAACUUAAUGUUACUUAGUUUCAUUAUGUGGCUUUAUUCUACGUUGACAUUAUGUUAAUCAAAGUUACGUUACUUUCGUUUUUCACAAACUGACUACUACCAAGACUGUUAACACCGACGUAAAGAAAAACAAUCAUUUUGGACCUGACAAACAUUUUAAAUUAUUAACUUCACAAUCAUAAUAAUGUGAUUUUACUUUUAUUCUGCCUCCCUCUGCAAACUUUGGCAAAACAAAUUGUGAUUAUGACCUCCAGAUGCAGUCAGAAGGAUCCGAUCACGUACCAUAAACAAGAUAUUUCCCCUUAUUUGAAUAACCGACAUGUAGGUCUCAUUUUAACACCAGGUGUGAACGAGGUGAAUGUGUCACGUGACAUGAGCAGAGAUGACAAUGUGUAAUCCCAUGUGGGUUUUCCAGGUUGAUAUGUUUGUUGUAUUACUGUUUUUUUUAAGCGAUUUGUAUUGUAACUCCCAAAAACAUGAAGCAGUUACACGUUCAUGAGGAUUCAAGGGAAGCCAUUUUGUGAAAACCUCUCGAUGGAGAUGUAUAAAUCCAAGCAGAAGGUAUCAGAUGUUACGAUGGACGAGCACACGACCCCGAGCCACCUUGUUUUUCGUUUUUCGGAUCCACCGCCGUGCCAAUCAAAGAGUCCGACGGCAGUGGAGGGCUCGUUCUUGUCCUGCUGGAGAUGUUUGUUGCUGUUCUUUUUCUGCCACCAACACAAAUGUGGCUUAAAUCCUCCAAAUCCUAAAGACUUUGAGAGACUGAUGAUCUGCAUUAAGUGCCAAAUGUAAAAAGGACAAUAAUGAUAAUAAAAAAAGGAAAAUCAGCAAAACACAAACACCAAAAGAUGGAAAACAAAAAACGAAAAAGGAUUUUACAAACUGCGAGCGAAGUGAAGGUUCGUUUUGAUAAACUGAUUGGGUGACAUUUACUUGAAAUCUUUGUGGUCAGUCAUGCUGCAGUAUGUGGUAUGUGAAUGUAGAUAUUUUUUGUAUUCUUGGUAAUAAAAACGUGAAAAAUAA